AUGGGUAACAGCUUUGGUUUUUUAAGGACUGUAUCUGGAAGUCCUUUCCAAUUCGCCGUGGUAGAGGUUUGCCAGGCUGAGAACAUCAAUUUGACCCAGGCUUGCAACCUAACAUUCAACGCAAACCACGAACUUUUUUCGAUUGGUAAUGUUACAAGGGGGACGAUGGAGCCGCAACCUGGGAUAGCUGGCAUUGGAAUAUGGUUCGCAAUGGUGCCGUUCUUCGUCGUUGUAAUGGUCGAUGUGUUUAUCGCAUAUACCAAAGUCUCCGGUUGGGUCAGAAACAAACGUGGCAAAGGUGUCGGGAACACGAACGCAGAGCCGUCUUGGAGAAAUAAGAUGCGCGCAGCAGGCCGAACAAUUGUCUUGGGUGUUGCAGACACUCAGACCAUCUUCGUAGGGGGGUUCCUGCUCAGUUUUGCUGGUCGGGAUAAGUGUACGCUGACAAGCUACCACUUCACCGUAACCGCCAGUCAGAUGCUGAUUGCUUUGUCUGUUAUUACGAUGUCCGUCGCACUAUUACGGAGUUACUGGCGGAAUCCCCUUGCAGCAGCAUUCCGACUGAUUCUCUCCAUUGGAGCUUUCAUUGGCGUCGGUUUGACCAUCUUUAGGAAAGCCAACUACGCCCCCUUCAACCCGAUGCAGCUUCCGGGCAAGGAUAGUGCCAUCCUACUCCCAGUGGCCUGCUUGCUCGAAGGAACACUACGGUCUGCGGCAAUAGAGCAGGAGCACAAGAGCCAGGCAGACCUCGGCUUCGGCACAGCACAACCCAACUGGUUGUGGCCAGCACCCGACAGGAUCAUGUUCAUCGUCCUGGCUGCCGCCUGUUUUUCGGCGCACAUUAACACUGCCAUCCGCUUCCUAUCUCGCAAAUCCCGCAACCGCCAACCAAAACCUCGGUCGGGUACACACGACUUCUUUGUUUUUGUGUACUGCUGGGUGGACGAGUCUGGUUGGAUGCAAAGUCCGAACACUGAGAUGAUCAUCUGGGACUCUGGCGGAUUGAUCGCAAUGGGAAUCCUUAUCACGAUCUUCAUGAACGUACUGACUGAGGCUUUUGAGAGAAAGAAGAAAGAUGCAAAUAAGGGAAUUGAAGACGGGACGGCGUAUAAGCAGCUUGUGUCUCGGGAUCGUUCACCAAUGCACAUGAACGACCGGGGGUACAAUCGUGGGCCAAAUCGACCCUUCAACACAUCCAGAGUAAGGUAG